AUGGUGACUAAACAGGCAAUUGCAACAGGUGACCAAACAUGGACUCAACAUAAUUGCAACAUGGUGACGGCAAAUGUAUUGCAACAUGGUGACUGCAACAUGAUUUUCGUGCAAGAUCGUGUUAAAUAUGCAGGUCAGCCUAUAGGCCUAGUGGUGGCCAAGGAUCGUGACACUGCUUAUCAUGCCGCUAAACUUGUCAUAGUCGAGUAUGAGGAUGUGAAGAAACCAAUAUUGACCAUUAAAGAUGCUCUCAAGGCUGAAGCAUUGAAGACAGCUGCCCACACACUGACAGGAGAGCUGUCUCAAGGUUCUCAGUACCACUUCAACAUGGAGCCUCACUCUCCCCGGGUAGUGCCUACUGAGGACGGGUAUGAUGUCUACAGCACCACUCAGUGGCCAACUGAAACACAGGCCCCACUACUGCCCCAGGUCCUAGGAAUAGCAACCAAUAGGUAUGGAACUCUGAUUGCAUCAAUGUGUCUGUACGGCGUAUGGGGGUGGCUAUGGUUCCAAGAUCAGCAGACAACAUAUUGUAUCAACAGCAGCACAGUGGCAGCCAGGAAGGUGAAGCAGCCAGUACGUGUAGUGACUGACCUCACUACUAACAUGACCCACGCUGGCUGGCGUGAACCCUUCCUCUCAAAGUACGAGGUCACGUUGAGGCCCGUGGCGACCAUUGAGAACAUAAUGGAACACAUUGCCAGCUACCUCAAGGUGGACAAGAUGCAGGUACGACUGAACAACAUGGUCGCUCCCGGCGUACCUCGCAUGUUUGUUCCGCCGCACCAGAAGAAUGUUGUUAAGGAUGAAAUUCUUCCACUGCUGACGACUCAGGCGUCCAUUGUUCAGCGACAACGAGAAGUGGACGACUUCAACAAGAACAACAAAUGGAAGAAGCGAGGACUUUCCAUCCUGCCAAUGUGGUACGGCUUCGACUACCCUUCAAUGUUCCGCUACGGUAUCCAGGUUACCAUAUAUGAGCACGAUGGUACCGUGGCCAUCUCUCACGGUGGUAUAGAGAUGGGACAAGGUAUCAAUACUAAGGUGGCACAGGUGGCAGCCUAUGUGCUUGGCAUACCUCUGGAAAACAUCGUGGUCAAGGCUUCCGACACCAUGGUGGGUGCCAACUCCAUGGUCACUGGCGGCUCCUUUGGCACUGACCUCUGUGCUCAUGGAGUGAGGGUCGCCUGUACAUCACUGCGUCAACGACUGGACGUAGUGAAGGAGAAGAUGAAGAAGGAAACAGGGAAAGACCCAACAUGGUUACAGUUAGUGAAGAAGUGUCAUGCUGAAGAUGUGGACUUGUCUCAACGUUACUGGUGAG